GUGUCUGUCACUGCAGCGCGGACACACAGGCAGCACAGAGCGCACACUCACCGUGUGUGUGUGUUAGUGUGUGAGUGUGCGAGAGUGUGUGUAAGAGUUCAGCAUGCCAGAGAACCCUGACAGUGAAGCGCGCGCGGUGUGUGGGUGAGGAUAAAACGGCUGGAGACACAUGGACUGCACGCAACUUUACUGAGAAGAGCAUUGUGGAACAAAACGGUGGCGUGAUGUCGAGUGGGCGUGAGUCAGUGGGCGAUCUGGUUCCCCGGGACGUGAUGGAGGUUUUUAACCAGGAACGACAGAGUAGGCGGGGCAAAAGAUCCCGUAGACGGAACACCAUUGGCCGCGCGUUCAGCUGGUUUAAGAGCCGGCGCAGAAAAACUCAUCGUCUGAACAAAGACAACAUCGACCUGCUCACACCUGGAUUACCUGUACCAAUCUCACUGCCUUCAACCAACACAGUGGUAGGUGAGACAUCAUGUCCUUUACAGCACUUCCAAAAGAAUGUGUUUAUUGAGGGAAAUCAACCAAAAUACGUACAGGAUUUGCACACAGAGGCUGAGGAGGGUCGGAAACUCCUGCAACAAGAUGAAAACAGGAUUGGUGUGGACUUUCAGGAUGACCAGAGCAUCAUUUCAACAGUGACUGCUCGCACGGACGACGAUAUGAGCUUCAGCGAACUGAGAAUGUCAGAGUCUGAGAGUACAGCUGCUGAUACGAUCUCCACACGUUCCAUUACUUCCUACCAGUCUUCACGUUCUGGACUCACACGGCAAGGCUCCACCUUCAGGCCACUGAAAGAGGACAAGAAACAUGGCAAGAGUAAAUCAAGGGGAAAAAAGAUGGGUAUGUUCAAAGGAAUACCAAGACAUGUACAGAAAGAACUGGGGCUUGACCGAGCUGCUUGGACAGCAUCCCAGUUCACUGAUGCUCAGCUAUCCAACGGAGGCGUAAGCAUUUCUACAGUCAUUCCCACUCUGGAUAGCAUAUCCGUUGCCUCAGUCCCAGAUGGAGUAAUAAUGCACCAGCAGAGCAUGACCAGUCUUCAGAUGGACAAUAAACCACAGCUCCCUCUACAGGACGAGCAGCAUGAUGAUCUCACUCUCCUUUGGCAGAUCCAUUCGUUUGAUCCACAGAGGCCGAAUUCACUAGCUGUUCCAUGGAUGACCACGUCUGGCAACUUAGUCUCUAACCAGGUCAUGUAUGUCUCCCCUGAGGCCACAUACAUGUCCAAGAUCAUCCCAAAUGCGAUACUUCCUCCAUCUGUGGACGUGGUUGAACUAAGCCGCAACAGAAGUCGCAGCAGCGUUCGCAUGGUGAGUAAGAGCAGCCUGGUAUCGGCCAGUCCAGCUCCAUCAAGAGCCUCAUCCCGGGCAUCCUCAAGGAUGUCCUCACGGGCUCCAUCACUGAUGUCCUCAAGGGUCUCUUCUCGGGCUUCCACCUAUCGGACUGCUACUCUCUCUGAGUGUUCUGGCUGGAGCCACUCAUCAUCAUCAGAUACACUGGUCUCUGAUUCCUCCACUAUUUCUAGCAGCAGCACUCCUCGAGUGGCCAGCAGGACAAGUGAGGCAGAGGACACAGAUGGACCUUUUGUGGCCAGAAAUUAUCCUGGUGCCCAAAAAAUCUCUUUUAAGCCUGUGCAGUUUAAUGGUAACAUCCAAAAAGAGCAAGCUUGCAAGCCAGGAUCCACAGAUCCUAUUAAUCGCAGCCUAUCAGUGAUGAAAAAGAGCAAGAAACCACCGCCUCCGCCAAGUCGUUCAUACUCGCUGCAUUCACGUAUACAUGCAAGGACAAUUGCUGAGAAAAAAUCUAUGGAAAAUGCGUCUCCGAAAGUCGAAUCGCCCUACAGCACCUAUAAAAGUCAGAAUGGCAACACCUCAGUUAAAGAGAACUUGACAAGCCAAAGAGCAGUGUUAGCAGAACUACAGUUAAAGAAUGGCCAGAUCCAUGCAGGCAACAUACCCUAUUCAUACCCUAAAGGAGAGAGACAAAGGAAUAAUCUCAAGCAUUUUCUACCUUCUAUUAAUAGUCUAACUGCUAAUGGUAUGGUUGCUUCACCAGCUGUGAAGACUCUUAUGGUGCUCCUUGAUGUCCCAGAUCCUCCCAAAAUUCUAGCUCCACCUCCACCUCCGCCUGAGACAUGGGCGCACAAUCAGCAAACCUUUGAACUACUGUGCGGACGUGGACCAGUGAACUUUGAGCGUUGGGCCCAAAAGAGAGGUCUGAAGGUUACAGUUCCAGUCCAGUUGGUUCAAGGGAAAAUACCUGCCACAAAUCAAGCAAGAAAUGUAAUGAAGGACAAUAUAGCAGCACCUCAAGAAUAUAUGACUACUCCUACAAAAAUAUCUGUUGAGGUUCAACCACCUCAUGGGACGUUUCUGACUUUACCCGGACUUACCCAUGUAUGUCACUCCCCAUCUCCUUCCCCACCUCCUGAACAUAUACCUCCUCUGCCCCCAACAGACCCAGUUAUUCCUUUAAAAGAAGAUUCUGCCCAGUUUCAAGAACCUAUUGAUGAGGUCAUAUUUCCACCUCCACACCCUUUGUUCCCACCACCCCCACCUCCAACAAUGGUCCCCCACCCACAUCUACCAGGUGGGCAGGAUGAAACAGACCUUCCCAUGCCACCUUCUCUAAGAUUUUUAUUAAAUGUGCCCCCAGUAUCACAGGAUGCAAAGCCUUUAGCAUUAGAGGAAGCUGCAUCUUCUCUGGCUCAGAAAAUCCCACCUCCUCCAGCAUUCGCCCCUGCUCCACCAAUGAUCCCACCUUCUCCACGAGCAAUGCAACCUCCUGUAGUGACAGUCCCAUCACCUCCAACAUCAAAAACUCCUCCUCCACCAGUAGUAGUCCCUCCUCCACCACCAGUAAUCCCUAUACCUCCUCCACCAGUAAUCCCUACUGCUCCACCACUGAUCUCUUCUUCUCCUAAGGGAUUCCCAACUUCUCCAAAGCAAACCCCUCCGGACGUAUCCUUAAAACAAGGUCAGAUCACAACCAAACCCUUUUAUGUUCUUCCACCACCACCCUUACCCACAGAUCUUAAGAGAGAAGUUAAAGCCAUCACAACUGACAAACAGGAAAAACAGCCAUCUCCACCAACCUCCCACACCAUUACAACCACAGAGGAGAGUCCUACUCCAAUGAUUACACCAUCCUUGUUACAGAAUGUUCGUCUCAGGUCAAUAAGGUCCCAUGUGAACCAGACAGAAACUCAUAGUGGACUUCCAAAGCAAAAGCAUCAGACCAAUCAAGAGGCACCCCAAAAGCCAAUUAGAAGGUCUUUAAUUUUCAUUACACCAGAGGUUCCUUCACAAUCAGCUCCAGAUCAAAAGGAUAACACACUACCCGCUAACACUGUACAGGAGAAUGAGGGCACUAGUUUGUCAUCAGACCUCCAACCCAAAGCUGAAACAAAGGUACUCUUGUCUGGAACUGAUAACCAGGUUCCACCAGACGUAAUACCGGAACCCAUCAGCCUAGUCAGCAUUAGGGACCAAAAACCUCAAGAAGUGAGCAGUGCAACCAUCAGUGAACCUGUGUCUGCAGAUCCUGAAACAAAGAUCGAAGUGCAGGACAUCCAAAAUGCACCACCUGAAUCAUCAACUAUUGUAACCCCUGCUGAACCAAAAAAUAAACCGACUGACAAUGACAUGAAAGAAAAUCUAAAUAACUCCUGUGAAACAAAAGACAAGGUUCAACCAGAGCAAGAUGUUAAAAAUCCAAAGCCCCAAACUUUAAUACCCAAUUCUCCUAAGUUAAAUCCUGCUCAAAAAUUAGCUCCACCUAGCGUUCCUUCUUCCAUGUGCCUCCAGGAGGUUAUUAGGCGGAAAACUGCUGCCAUGUCGUCCCCAGACAACCAAUCAAAGCGCUUGAGUCUGCUGCAUUCCCCUCCUCUGUCUGCAGGGCCCAUCUCGCCCACGUCCACAGCAAACUUCAUCUUCUCUAAAAACCCAAAGAAGGUGAUGAUAGAAAAACCUCCUUCAUCUCCAGAGUCCAAAUUAGAUCUGAGAAAGACCCUGGUGCACGAGUUGAAUUCUCUGUCUCAAACAUCCAGACCUGCUGCUGAUCUCCGGAAUGCAAAAGCUAAAGUCCCUCCUCCGGUUGCCAGGAAACCCAGUACUAAGAGUGAAAACAUUACCCAUAAUUCUUCAGAGAGUCACGUGGACACUGAGCAUGUGCAAACUGCUGGUCAGUGAGCACAGCUAGAGGGGGAAAAAAGGUGACGGACGAUUCAACGACUGGGAUCUGAAAUUCCUUGCGCACUUUCCUGCAUGUGUCUGUGUCUGUGUGUGUGUGUGUGUGUGUGUGUGUGUGUGUGUGUGUGUGUGUGUGUGUGUGUGUGUAUUUGUUUACCAGGAAACUGAAGUGACAAGGCUCUCUGAGAGAAAGCUUAUUGAAUGGUAAAGUGCAGAAAACAACGAUGAAGUGGGGGAAGGAGGAAAGUGUAGAAUGAUGAAGAGGAAGAAAUAUAGGUAUGGAUAGAAUUAAUAGAGGAAGUAAAACUGAUAAGAAAAGAAAAGGACAUCGAGAAAGGAACAAACACGUUGGAUUUCUGUAUUUGUAAUACAGCAGAAAAGCUUUUAGGUUUGUUUUUGGGUUUUUUUUUUCUUUUGUUUUUUUUGCAGAAGGUGUUGGUCUUUAAGACAUUAAGAAAAUUUCUGAUGUAUAUAAUUUCCAAUGUACAGAUUUAACUUUCUGCCCAGAACAAAUUUAAACAGGUCUAUUGACUGGACCUCCUUUAAUUAUGUUUGAUUUUUAAUAUAUGAUAUUUCUUUGUGCACUACUAUCCUGUAUUUGGGGAAAUCACUGAAAUAGGACCUCUAUCAUUUCCUGAAUUACUGCUGUAUUAUUAAAAACAUUUUUGUCUAACUUAUUGUUUAGAAAAGAGUGAUCCGAUGUUCGUCUGAACGCUAGCUUCAUCUCUGGUCCAGUCUCGUUUAACUGCUUAUCUUUUGCUUUAUUGUCCUUGUGAUGAUUUGAGUUGAUAAGUAUAUCAAAUAUAUUUACAGGAAGCAGUAUAGCAUGUUUGAUGUUACCAUUUAUAACAGGCAUUGUUACGUAGCCUGAAAUCGCUUUUGUUGAAAGAACAGUAUGGUAAGCACCUUAUAAUCACCACUGACCUACACACUGGAUUAUAAACAGGUCUUUCUUCAAAAUGAUCAAAUAUUAAACACAUGCUGAGGCAUGCA